AUGGAUGAAGAAACACAGCAUUUUGAUGUACAUUAUUUUGCUCGUAUAAUUGGUAUACUGGCAUACUCCAACAAGGCCAUUGCUCAAAUACAAGAAACCUCUUUCUCAAAUGUCAAGAGGAUUACCCCACUUGAUAACAAGAGAUAUUGGGUGCUUUCAGAGGAGUUGAGGUGCAGCCUUGAAGGACUACGGCCUAUGCCUGAGGUCGAUGAAAGUUUACCAGAUGGCACUGAUCUAUCGAGUCAUUUGAAAUAUAAAAUAUUUAGAGAAUUUAUGCCGCGGAUUUCACAAGGUGAAGACAAGCGUAAGUUCUCUAUAUAUUUGUUUCUUCCGGAUGCCAAAGACGGACUUCCAGCUCUAGUAGAAAAAAUUGGCUCCGAAUCCGGAUUCUUAGAGAAUCACCUGCCUAAUCGACAAGUUAAAGUUGGUGCAUUCAGCAUUCCAAAAUUCAAGAUAUCUUUUGGGUUUGAAGCUUCUGAAGUCCUCAAGGGACUGGGAUUGGUAUUGCCUUUUUCUGGUGAUGGACUCACUGAAAUGGUUGAUUCUCCCACUGGUCAGAACCUUUAUGUUUCGAGCAUUUUCCACAAAUCAUUUAUCGAGGUAAACGAGGAAGGCACGGAAGCUGCAGCUGCAACUGCUGGUGUUAUAAAACAAAGGAGUUUGACAAUGGAGGACAAUUUGGAUUUUGUGGCUGACCAUCCAUUCCUGUUUGUUGUUAGAGAAGAUAUGACUGGGGUGGUACUAUUUAUUGGGCAGAUUCAUAAUCCCCUCUCCUGUUAAUUGAAGCAACUGUUCAAUCAAUGGAUAUGUAGGUCCAUGUACCAACACUGUUAAACCUCUUACAUGUUUGUUUGGAAUUUGAUUUCAUAUCUGGAGACGAUGGAUGAAGAAACACAGCAUU